GCGAGUUUUGGAAAUUUGUCACAAAGAUUUCUGCCCCAAAGGGCAAUAUGAGCACUUGCAAAUUUGUGCAGCACACACUUUGCUUUCACUAGUGGGAGGACCCUACUGCAAUAACCCAUUCCAUAUGUCUCGUAGAAAUCUGAGGGCCGACCUGGCCGCCCUCAGCCAGGCCAAAAACGAGGUCACUGAGAAGACAACAAAGAGACUCAAGAUAGAAAAAAAAACAAACGAGGUGCUACCAAGACUAAAUAUUAAGUCUGCAGAGGUCAAUAAAGAAAAUGACAAAGAUGGACCAGUUGAUGGACCACAUGAACAUGAACUCCGUAAAGAUGGAGGUGAUGAAAAUGAACACAGCGGAGAUGGACGUGCAGAAGGUGCUCAAGAAAAUGACAAAGACAGACCCGUUGAUGCACCACAUGAAUGUGGACUCCAUAAAGAUGGAGGUGAUGAAAAUAAACACGAUGGAGAUGGACCUGGACAAGCUGCUCAAGAACAUCUGCACAACGGAGUUUUUGAAAUUGACGAGGAAAGUCAAGAUGCAGGCCUGUGGGAGGAGGUUGUAGCAAUUGCAUCAGAGGCAGAAAAAGCAUUGGAGACAUGCUUAAACACUUUGAACGAAAACACCCUUUCUCUGGCUUCGAGUACGUAGUACUGGAUGUGAUGUUCUUUUUGACAAGGUACAUGCAAAUGGGUGAACACGAGAGAAACUCUUAUGAGUUGAUUGACCCUAUCGGCAACCACAUCAUGCGCAAUAGGGGAAAGGUCUCGUCAUAUGACAAAUUGUUUGUGGAGAAGAGUCAACGACCGGGACUAUUUAUAGAUUUGGCUGUCUAUAAAAGCAAACAAUUAAUGAGAUUGCCUUUCCCUACUAAGCAAUGACUCUCCUCGUUCCUCAGGCCCACUGGUCGAUUUGGAACUCCCGAGUUUAUGGUGAGUUUGUACGGAUGAAAGCCAGAUCUUAUAAAAGGUGCCUCCUUGCUUACAAAACUUGCAGUAACAGAAGAUGACUUCUGUCUUGUGACUACUACAACUUCAAAGAAAGAGUGAAACACACGAAAUAAUGGUAAAAAACAGGUUACAAAAAAGAUUAAAGGUGCCCCCCUUUUUGUGAAGAUUACAAGUUCAUGUGCAUUGUAUAUCUAGGCAAUCUCAGGGUGCCCCCUGCUCAGCACGCGAAUGCAACCCCAGGGCCAAGGCCGCCUAGGGGGCAUGCCUGAGGUUAAUUCCCAUUCGGCUACUCAGGUGUGUAUCCAGGCACAGCUGGAUCGUCUGGGUUCCAGACUCACCCGACCAUGUCGCCCGACCAGGUGAGUCUUUGUGAAAAAGGUAGGCUGCCAGAGUGGCCCGGGAUCACUUGCCUGGCCGGACCGAGAAAUAUUCUAAAUAUUUAAAAAUAUAUAUGUUUUUUUCUUCCUUUUUUUGGGUAAAGAAUUUCAAUGCGACCCUGAGGGAAAAGUUGUUUUUAAUUAAUUUUUUGAUAAAGUGUAGUUUUUUUC